AAGUUUUGCCGUAAACUGACGAUUUGGCGGGAGAUUUCGUACUGCUAAAGUAACCUAUUUGUAAACAACAACGAUGGGAGAUAUCAAACACAAUUAUGAUCCUGCUUCGUUGCCUGAUCUUCUGCCCAUGUAUUACAAGAGGCUUUUUCCUUACGGUCCUUACUAUAGGUGGCUUCAUUAUGGCGGAGUGCCCAAACACUACUUCACACAUCGAGAGUUCUCCUUCACUCUGAAAGAUGAUGUGUAUAUUCGGUACCAGUCGUUCUCAGAUCAGCAGGAGCUGGAAAAAGAGAUUCAGAAGCGAUGUCCAUACAAGAUUGAUAUUGGAGCUAUCUUUUCUCACAGGCCCAAGGAACACAAGACUGUGAAGGCAGCCUCCUUCCAGGCCCAGGAGAAGGAGCUGGUGUUUGACAUCGACAUGACAGACUACGAUGACGUCCGCAACUGCUGCUCCGGUGCAGAGAUCUGUGACAAGUGUUGGCCUCUCAUGAUCAUCGCUGUGAAGAUCCUAGACGCAGCCCUCAGAGAUGACUUUGGGUACGAGCACCUGUUAUGGGUGUACUCCGGGCGACGAGGCAUCCAUUGCUGGGUGUGUGACGAGGGAGCACGCAAACUCUCACAGGCAGCCAGAUCCGCCAUUGCCGAGUACCUCAGUGUUGUCAAGGGUGGAGAAAAUCAAACCAAGAAGGUGACAGUUGAUGAACGGAUGCAUCCUUCUGUGAAGCGUGCCCUGACGAUCAUUGAGAAGCACUUUGUGGACUACGCAUGCCAAAGCCAAGACUUCCUUGACACAGAGGAGAGAUGGGACAAGGUCUUGUCUCUCGUCCCCGACGCAGAGUUCCGUGAGCAACUGAGAGAAGAUUUUAAGAAUUCUGGGACCAACUCGGCCAACCGGUGGUCAAUCCUGGUCAGACGGGUGGAGGAGUCGCUCACUGUGGAGAAAUACAGGAACAAGAAACUUCGAUUUCUGAAGGAGGAGAUAUUGCUACAAUAUUGUUACCCCCGACUUGAUGUGAACGUCAGCAAAGGGGUGAACCAUCUUCUCAAGAGUCCAUUCUGUGUUCAUCCUAAAACAGGUCGAGUCUGUGUCCCGAUGGAUCCUGCCCUGAUAGACAAGUUCAGCCCGUUUGCUGUCCCCACAAUCAGUGGUCUCCUCGAGGAGCUGAACAAGACGGAGGCUGUGACAACAGAAACAGGCAAAAAACAGAAAGACUACAAGAGAACCAGCCUGGGUCCGACCAUCGACAUCUUUGAUGUGUUUGUGAAGAAGAUGGAGGCAGGUUGGCGGGGAAGCUUACAGGAACAGAGCGACAUUAAGAAGGAAUUUUGAAGAAGCAAAUGGUUACAUCUGUGUUAAAGAUGUGUAUCGAGAGCAGGAAGCAGUUGUAUAUAGGAGUUGAUUUGUAUCAUGCUGUACAGAUAGUGCUACUUGGUGUCACACUUGUACAUCGCCAUGGAAACACCAAUGUCAUUAAAAUUACAUAUUCCGUAUGAGGUUGUAUCAGGUGACCUUUCUAACCAGCCAAUCAGCAUCAAGGACUCUAAACUCUGGACACACGAGCCAAGCAUUCAGGGCAGCUUAUCUAAUUUGUGUAUCUUGAAAAUGAACUAAAAGGACAAAUUCUGAAUGUAGAUAAAUAAGGCUGGGUUGUGUAUAUCCUGUCGUUUCAGAUCUAUGCCCAUUGGGGAGUUCCAUUAAAGGAAUAUUUGUGUUACUGGUAGUGUGCAUGUGUUUUCAUUUGUACCAUCUGGUUAAGAAAUUGAGCAGGUUCAUUUUAGAAAGCUGACAUCUGAUUGGUUCACCUGACUCAACUUCCUGUCGAGUUGGUUUCAGAUCAUAAGACAUAAGAGUUUAUUGCUAUGGGAUCUUAUUUUGAUGAGAUUGAAUUUAACAAUUUGAGGCCUGUUUCUGUAACUGCCAGACGGUUGAAUUAAUCUUCCCAUGAUGUUGAGAAGGGGAGGUAUAUUUUCAAUGUAUAAAUAAACACAGAAAACAUA